UGCAACAUAGCCGUAAGCCGACCUUAGCAUCUUUCUUAAUUUCCUUUCAUUAGCCUUCUCAGUAAUUAGACGACAAAUAGCGGGAUCGCACUAUUCAACUCCAAAUUAUCUCUCUUCAAACUCGGCCUUGAAACUUCCUGAAAUUCCAAGUCCACUGUCUCACUCCAAAUCAAAGCUUUCUUCAAUGGCGGAUACUUCUAGACCCGUAACGGGUUAUCCGGCAUCAAGCUACCCUCAGUCUCAACCCACCGUGGGCAACCCUAAUGGGUACCCUUACCCAGCGCCCCACGCUCCUCCGUACCAUCACCAGCAACCACCGCCCAAUAACCACAACUACGCCUAUCCCUACCGCUACGACCCCGCACGCACUACCUUCCUCCGUCGCCUCGUCGCAGCUAUGAUCGCCUUCUUCAUCGUAUCCGCCUCUAUCAUCUUCAUCAUCUGGCUCGUCCUCCGUCCCCGCCUCCCCAAUUUCUCAGUGGACUCCGUCUCGCUUACUAAUUUCAACGUCUCUUCCACUUCGGCCAUCUCCGGAAAUUGGGCUGUUGGAUUCUCCGUCAACAACCCCAACAAGAAGAUGAGCAUCGCCUACGACGAGAUCGAUUCGGUAGUUUUCUAUAAAUCAACUUUCCUGUCUGAGACCCGAAUCUCACCCUUCACUCAGGCGACCCGGUCCCAGUCCUCCAUCAACGCCACAUUCUCUGCUGCCAACUCCUACGUGGAACAGUCCGUCGUUAGCGGCAUUGCAACUGACCGAGGUCGUGGCACUGUGAAUUUCAACAUUAGGGUUUUGGCUAGAGUUGGAUUCCGUACAGGCGGUUGGCGACUCAGGAGGCGGUUGCUUAGGGUUUUGUGUGAGAACGUUGGGGUGGGUGUUUCUUCAACUAGUGGUUCCGGAAAGCUGAUCGGUGGAGCAAGGGAGUGCCGGGUUGGUAUUUGAAUUAUUUAUUUUUCAAGAGUAUUUUUUUUCUGUCAAAGAUGUUUACUAUAUUUCCCAUAUUUUUAAAAUGGGAUGUGAUUUGAGAUGAUUAGCUAGCUGUAGUUAGGUGUAAAUGAAUGUAUAGAUUCUUCACCAAAUUUAUUUUGGUAUUGGUACUAAUGUUUUUUGCUUAUGUUUCCCUUCCUUCUUUCUGACACAUAUUCUUAUAUGUUAAAUGUAUUAAUUUUUUAAA